AUGAAAAUACCUCUAAAUGAUUUAACAAUAAAAGAAAAGGGAUUAGGUGAUUAUUCUUCUAAUUUAAAAAAAAAAAAUUGUAAAAUUAUUUCUUAUUUAAAAAAUAAAUCUAAAAUUAAUUUUCUUUUGUUAAAUACAAAAGAAAUAAAAUCUAGUCAUUCUUUGAAUAAUGAAAGUAGUAAAUUAUAUUUUAAUGAUGAAAAAGUAAUUAAUAAUUCACAUAAAAAUCCAUCUGAUUGCAUCUAUUUAUUAAAUAUUGACAGUUUGAACUUGAAAAAUGAUUUAGGAUAUAAAAGUUGUAAUAAACUUGACGAAGUUAAUAGUGUUCCUAUUAAACCUCCUGGAAAGAAUAAGAGAAAAGAAAAAGCUGCUUUCCUUAAUAAAAUGAAAAUAUUUUAUAAUAUAGAAGAAAAUAAAAAUAACGAAAUUACUAAUCUCAAUGAUAAUAAAAAUAAUACAAUAAGAAAAAAAACAUUUUCUAAUCAUUACAUUAUUUCCAGAAUCGAAAAUGAUCGCCAUGAUGAUAUUAAAAGUAAUAUAUAUAAAAGAAAUGUGAAUAUAGAUAAUAAUAUCUUAGAAAAAAAAAGGAUGAGCAAUUUUUCUCCAAAAGAACUAACAAUUAAUCAAUAUGCAUAUAAUUUUAUUGAUAAUUACAACGAAACAUCAAGAAAAAAAAAUGAUAUUAAGAAUAAUAAUUCCAGUUAUGAUAAUUUACUACAAAUAUAUGAACAUAAAUACCUUAAGACAAUUGCUAAAACAAAUAGAUCAUUCAGCAAAUCUAUUCACAAUAAUAAUUAUUCUGUGAAUUUAUUAAAUGAACAAUUAAAUAAUAAGGUAAUAAUCAACAAUAAAAAAGACCACGAUAAAGAAGGAAAAAUGAAUCACAUAGAAUAUUCAAAAACACUAAACAGUAAUAUUUAUGAACAAGUAAAUAAUCAAAGUAAUUUAAAGCAUAUAACAAAUAAUAAUUUAAGUAAUGAUUUUAUAAAACAAGAAAUUGAUGAUAAUAGUAAUAGUAAUGGUAGAAUUAAUGGAGAUAAUUAUAAUAGUAGUAUUCACAAUGAUAAAAGUAGUGAUAAUAAUAAUAAUACUUACAGCUAUAAACAAAAAUUAAAUGUAACUGGCCAACUAAGUUCUACAUUUAAUAAUGAGUUUAUUAAAAGUAAUCCUUUAUUGCAAACAAAAAUUUCUGAUGAUGAGAAAAUGAACGAUGAUAUAAAUAGGGUUAUAAAAAGUAUAAACACUUUAUGUAGUUAUAUAAAAGAUAAUGUUCCUAUAAAAAAUAAAAUAAAAGAAGAAAAAGUUGUAAAUUAUUUUAUUAAGGAUAAUAUUCUGAAUUUCAAUAAAUAUAUGUCUGUGGAAAAAGAGCAAAAUUUAUAUUAUUACGAAAAGAAAAAGAACAUAAAAAAACUAAAGCUACAUAGAAAAAAACAAAAAAAUAAAGUCAAAAUAAUACAUAGUGGAAAUAUCAGAAAAAAGAAAAAUGAAAUAAAAAAAAAAAAAAUUGAAAAAUUAAAUAGAAAUGUAGGCAUAAAAAUUUUGGCACCAUCGAUCAACCUAGAAAAAGAGGUAUAUACUGAGGAAAAAAAAAAAGUUGAAGAUAAAACAAUCAAAGAAGAGAAAUUAGAAUAUUUACAAGAAACAAAUAAUAUAGAAAAAAAGAAAAUGGUGCGAAUAUUAGAUAAUAGUAUUGAAAAAGCAAAUGCAGGAUCACAAAUAAUGAAAAGAGAAGAUGUGAUGAAAAAAAUUGAUGAAAUAAAGUGUAAAGAUAUUAAAAAUUUUUUAUUUGAAGAAUUAAAAAAUGAGUUAUUUUCCAGUUUAUUCAUGACAAAUGGCAAUAAAUCAAAUGUUUGCAACUAUGAAUAUAUAGGCAAAAAUAAUAACUUGAAAUUAGAUAAAAAUAUUAAAUCAGAUAAACAAAUAAACAAAAACAUUACAAAUUAUUCAGAUUUUUUAAAGCCUAUUAAGUGCUAUAAUAAUAAGGAAGCAAAGAAUCAUUUAAAGAGAAUAAAAAGCGUUAAUAGCAAAAACUUCUUAAUUUAUAAGAAAAAAAAAGCACUGAAUAUAAAUAAAAAGAAUUCUAAGAAUAAUAGCAAAAAAAAUGAAACAUUAAAAAAUAUUGUAUUAAAAACAGAAAAAAACAAAAUAUUAUUAAAAAAUAAUGUAAUGGAAGAAUUGAAAUUAGGAGAUGACAAUAUUACUACUUUAGCAUUAUUAAAAAAUGAUAGUGAAGAUUUAACAAAAAAUAAAAAGGAUAAUUCCCAUGAAAGUAGUAAUAAUAAUAAUGAACAAUUUAAUAAUAUUAGAAAAAAUAUAAUUAAAGAAGAAUAUCUUAAAAAAAAAAAUUACAGCAUUAACAAUUCUAAUUCAAAAGAUUAUAUUACAAUAAGAAUCCUUAAUAAACAAGACUACAAAGAAAAACAAAAUGUAUUUAAAAGUAAUAAAUUUUAUUCUUUAAGUAAAAAGGGAAGUAUAAUAAAAGAAUUAGAAGAUAUAAAUAAAUUCUCUAAAAGUAAAAUUAAAGGAAAAAAAGAAAAUUUCAAAAAUGUGCAAGCUUAUAAAAAAGAAAUAAAAAGAAAAAAUAAUAUUUUUCAUAAAAAUAUUAAUGAAACCUCGGAUAAAAAAGUAUAUAAGAAUGAAAAUAGUUCUUUUUUUCCAAUAUUGCAUAAUUAUAAAAAUAUGAUAUAUAUAGAAGAAUAUAAUAGUGCAUAUAUAUAUUUAGCAAAUAAUUUAAAUAAUGCUAUUUAUAAUAUCUUUAAAUAUAAAAAUAAAAUACUUUUUUUUCAUAUUUUUCUUUAUUCUUUUAAUAUAUUUCUAUUUUAUGAAUUGCUAAAUAAUGAUCUUAUAUAUAAGCAAGAUAGUUUUGCUACAAAAGAAACGGUUUUAUUUUUAUUUUUUAUGAUCUUGGAGUUAUAUGUAUUAUUCCUGAAUAAUGCUAUUUAUUUUUUUUUAAGAAAUGAAAUGAAAAAAGCUAUUUCUACUUUAGAUAAAAUAAAUUUAAUAUAUUCAUUGAAUAAAAUAUUCCCAAGGUAUUGUUCUUUCUUUAAGAAGUAUUUUUCUAUUUUAGAAGAUAUAGAUUGUCUUGAUGAAGAAUUAAAAAAAAAAGAAAAAAAAAAAAUUAUGAAUUCAAAUAGCUUUGGAACUUUAUCAAAUGCUAAUUGUAUUAUUAAAAAUAAGAGUAACUUAGAUGAUAUAGAAAAGUUAAAUAACAGAAAAGAAAAUAAUACUAAGGAGAUAAAUAAAUUAGAUAAAUUAAAUAAUUUAGAUUUAAUAUAUAAUAAUGAAGAAAAGAAGAAAAAUAAAAAAAAAAUAAAAAAAAACCUUAAAGAAUUAUUAAGAAAAAAAGAUAAACUUUUAAAUUUUAAGGAUUCUGAAAAUUGUAAAGAUAUAUAUGUUUACCCUUCAAACAACAACGAAAAUAUAAAGUAUUUUAAUGAUAAAAUAGAAUAUGAAGAAAAUGAUAUUGUGUAUAUAAAUGAAAAAAUAAAACAAGAAAAUAAAAUAAAUUUUAAUUAUUCGAAGUCAGAAUAUAAAAGUAAAAAAAAUAGCGAUAAAAAAAUAUUUGAUUUUAUGUUUUUCAUAUUAAAUAAUCAAAAAAACCUAAACUUAGAUAAAUUUUUUUUUUUUAAAGUAAGAAAAUAUGCAAACUAUUUAAUAAUUUUUUCUUCUUUAUUAUUAUUUUAUAUUACAACAUAUUUUAAAAUAAAGGAUCCUUCUUAUUUUUCAAAGAAAAAUAAUUAUAUUUUUUUUAUUUUUGUUUCUUGUAUCAUAUUUAUUCAAAUAUUUUUUUGUAUAAUAAUAGAAAUUAAAAAUAUUUUUGUAGACAAAAUUAAAAUAUUUUUAAAUAAAAGGAUUACUAAUCUAGAAUAUCAAUUAUAUAUAUAUAUGAGUCAAGUAUUAGAAUAA